CUUAUCCAACACUUCUGGACAAACCAUAAUUUACCUCACCGGAUUUAAGCUUAUUUCAACAGGUGUUUCAUAAAUAGCAAAAACCCUUGAAAUGGGCGACGUUACGGGUCUCAGCAAUGCCGAAGCCGAUGAGCUGUGCCAAAAGCCAGAGGCAUCAACCAAGGACUUUUUGUUUCAACAAACUAUGUACCGCAUCAAGGACCCACGCCGGUCCUUGCCCUUCUACACUGGUGUCCUUGGCAUGACACUCUUGGUGAAGCUGGACUUCCCGGAGGCAAAGUUCUCGCUGUACUUCAUGGGAUACGAGAACCCCGCUGAUGUACCCAAGGAUCCCAAAGAGCGACGCAGCUGGGCCAUGAGCCGCAAGGCCACCAUUGAACUGACCCACAAUUGGGGCACUGAAAGCGAUCCGGAUCAAAGCUAUCACACCGGAAACAGCGAUCCACGGGGUUUUGGACACAUUGGACUCAUGGUACCGGACGUAUACGCCGCCUGCCAACGCUUCCAGGAGCUAGGCGUUGAGUUUAUCAAGAAACCCGAUGACGGCCGUAUGAAGGGCUUGGCUUUCAUCAAGGACCCAGACGGCUAUUGGAUUGAGAUCUUCAACGCCCACAGUGUCCCGAAUUAGAAAAGCACCACCACUUUCUACUAUUACUAAAUGUGUACACAUCACUGUUCCUUAAUUGCCCGCUCUUACAUCUAAGCUGUAAAGUGGAGGCUUCUGAGAAGAGUCGUUAAAAUAUACAUGCGAAAGACCAA